CUUCUCAGCAGCAUAAACUUCCGAACGUCAAAACAUUAUUCCAAUAUUAUAGACUCUUUUUUAUUCCUUGAGCCUAGAGAAACACAAUAAUUAAACACUGGGGCCUUGUCACCUAGAAAUUUCACACUGUUUUUACAAGAAAGUGACUGAAUCAAAGAGCUUAAUACUUCUGGAUUUUUUCAACUCCGUAAAACCGAAAGAAACAUUUGAAAGAAAAUAUAGAUAUAGACGAUGGCGAGAUCAUAUUUACCACCUGGUUUCAGAUUUCACCCAACAGAUGAAGAACUAGUGGGGUAUUACCUGCACAGGAGAAACGAAGGGCUUGAAAUUGAGCUCGAAAUAAUUCCUUUAAUGGAUUUAUACAAGUUUGAUCCUUGGGAACUUCCUGAGAAAUCCUUCUUGCCAAAUCGAGAUAUGGAAUGGUUUUUCUUCUGUCACCGAGACAGAAAAUAUCAAAACGGAUCUCGAAUAAACAGAGCAACUAAAUCUGGUUACUGGAAAGCUACUGGUAAAGAUAGAAACAUCAUUUGCCAGUCUUCUUCUUCCUCGUCUUCACCAAUCAAUGGGUGUCGAAAAACCCUAGUUUUUUAUUUGGGUCGAGCCCCUUUUGGUGGUAGAACAGAGUGGGCAAUGCAUGAGUAUCGUCUCUUUGAUAGCGAUUCUUCAGAAAAAUCACGGAAUUUCAAGGUAGACUUCGCGCUAUGCCGCGUGGUAAAGAGGAAUGAGGUUACACUUAAGAAAUGUGAAGCCAGUUCACUGGAGGUUCCAGAUGACCCAUUGGCCAACAAUGUUGACAUUCCUUGUGAAGCAAGAUACACAGGAACGGGUUCAUAUGACGCACAUAAUACACUCCGGGCUUCUCCUGAUUUCAUCCUUGAAUCAUCGACUAAGGGGAAUUCACAAUCGCGAACAGAAGAAGAUUCUGGUUUCCAAGUGUUUGCACUACCCGAAUUUGAAUACCCAUCAGAGUUCUUUGCAGAUUUGAAUUUCGACAGGGGAAUGGAGAAUCCUUUUACUUUCGUUAAUUAUCAAGAAGCUCAUGUGAACGAUGAAGUCAUUAACUAUGGUGUUCUUCUUUAAAAAGAAAAAAUAAUAGUAUAACUCACUCUACAUGGAUCAAGAUCUAACUAUAAUCCCUUUUAUUUGAAAUAUAGAUCUGUUUGUGUGUACACAUGUAGUAUAGUUGCAUAAUAUAAAUAUAAAACUGCAAGAUUCUCUUAAGCAUCAACUAGUAGUGGUUAUAAAUUUAUAUAUACACUUUUCUAAGACCUUUAAUUUAGGUCUCAAAAGUAUGUUUAAGCAAUGUAUAAUAUAUAUACCAGCUACGUAAA